AUGUGCUUUUGGGUGGUGCUCAGCGGCACGGAGACGGCCCUACGGGAGCGCACCGGCGGCCUGGUGCAGGACUUCCUGCGCAGGGACGCCGAGGCGGAGGAGUUGCUGGGGAAGCGCGACCUCGAGAAGUGGCUGCUGGAAGACUCCUCCGGCAGCGAGGAUGAGCCAAGAAAGGAGGACGCCGCAGCCUGGCGCAGCCAGCUCUUCUCGGACCGGUCCUUCUGGCGCAGGGCUCGGCAGAUUGCGUGCUUCGAGUACGUCAGCGAGCGGCUGCGGAAUGAUGUGAGCGAAUUCUGGAAGGAGCAGCUGCCUCAUGGCUUCAACGGCCGCGAGCGCGCCCAGCGCCAAGCGCGAGAGAUCUUGUCAGUCGUCACCCGCCUCUGCGGCCUGCAGAAAGCGGUAGGCUUUCAGGCAGAGCUGUCGCCCUUCUGGGCCGUGUUGCAGGAGAAGCGGGAGGAGAAGAAGCAGGGCCGAGAUGGAAAAGGCACCCACGAGUUCUGGAGCAUCUACCACAAGGAGGACAGCAAGUGGACCCUGCCGGUCAAGGCGGCUCCUGCGCACCCUGCGCCUCCGGCGCCCUAUCGCCAUGCCAUCGACCGACAGCUGCCCGUAGCUGCGCCCGACAAGGACUCGGAGAGCGAGGUCCACGCCGCGCUGAAGUCCAGACGCUCCCAGGUGGCGCGGAAGGUGCUGCAGCACCGCAGCGCCGUGGACGCCAAGAGGCUGCCGCAGCUGCAGCCAAAGAGCACCGCACGGACCUUUGCCAGUACCCCGGACAUCCAGGACGCCUGGGAUGACCGUCCGAUGACCCGCCAGGAGCGGGGCUACUUCGACCUGGGCCGCUUUCUGGAGAAGCCCAGGAAGCCCAAGCGAGAGCGAGGCUCGCGCCCGGCGAGCCGCGCGCUGCCCAGCAUCAGGCCGAACGAAGGAAUUGUGGCGAGCACUCCAAGUCCGAAGCCGCUGCGGGAGACUCUGUCGCUGCCGAGUUUGGAGCGAAUGCCGUUGGAUACCGUGGCCGGCCCUUUCCUGCAGCCCUGGCAAAGCCAGGUGCGGACGGAGUGCGGGCAGCCGGAGCCGGAGGCGGAGGAGGACUCCGCCACGAUGCACUACAUCCGGGUGUGCCGUGCGCUGGGGGUGGUGCCCACAGCUGCGGUGCUGGAAAUGGUGCGGAGUCGCGCCAUCGCCAGCGGGGAGUUCUUGAUGGACGACGAGCUUUUGGCCAUGUCCACCAUGAUUGGCCACCUCGACAGCAUCGCAGAGGUGUGCCUGGCGGACAGUGCCAAGCUCAGCGAUGGGGUGCUGCAGCGCUUCCUGCGGGAGCUCUUUGGACGACCGGCCAUGGACUCUUUGGAGAAGCUCAGCCUGGCGCGGUGCCGGGGCGCCGGCAGCAAGGCCAUGCCGCUGCUGGUGGGCCUGCUGGUGGAAUCCAAUGGCCUCUACAAGUUGAGGAACCUGGACAUCAGCGGCAUCCGGAUCUCCAGCUCCACGAUGACCUCUUUGUGCCGCGCCGUGCAUCUGCACCCGGCCAUCCGCAGUCUUCACUUGCAGGACACGGGGCUGGGGAUGCACCCCACGGCGGCGCAGUGCUUGGAGGAGUUGCUCAACGCCCCGUCCAUGGAGGUCCUGGGCCUCGGUUGGAACUGCUUCUCGGAGGAGGCCCUGCGAGCGCUCGGGGACAUGCUGGCGAGCCACAAACGGCUGCGGGAGCUGUACAUGGCGAACUGCGACAGCUGCCAGCGCAGUGAAGGAAAGAGCUCCACACACAGAUUCCUCGAAGGCCUUUAUCGGAACAGCAGCUUGAAGAUGCUGGACAUCUCCAUGAAUCGCCUCACGCACAAGAGCGCUCUAAUCAUCGAGGACUCCUUGGCGAAGCAUGCCAAGCUGCAGGAGCUCUACAUUGGGCAAAACCCUCUUGGCAAGCACGGCCUUAGGUGCCUGCUGCGGCUGCUGAGUUUGCCCAGCUGCGGCCUGCGGCGCCUGGAGGCCUUGGGCUGCCAAGGCGCGGACGCGCAAGAGCUGAGCUCCUUCCAAGCCACGGAGCCCACCGGCUACCACACGUUAGACCUCAACCUAGCACACGGCAGGUCCCUGCUGCGGCUGCUGUACAAGACCUGCGAGAGCCUUCGCCUCGACUUGAAGGAGGCCUUCCAGCGUGCCAGCUACGUCGUAUCUGAGAGGCGUUCCCUCAUCCCUCGGGCAAGGAUGGGAAUGGCGUGUAUCCCGUUCCGAUCACUGGGGUCUUCAGCUUCUUCUUCUGCAUCGAUGCAGCCCGGCGCCGCCUGGCGCCCACCGAGGGCCUCGAGGGCAGGUUCCGAGGCCCCCGGCCGGUGGGGUCCAUCUACUUGGACCAACACUUCGCGCUGCUGCGCAGGAAGCUGA